AAUUAACUUCAGAAUUAACUUCAGAAUUAACUUCAGAAUUAACUUCAGAAUUUGGUACAUGCCCCAAAUGCUCAUCACCCCGAUUCUAUUAUAACUGGUGUCGUCAGUGUGAAUUUUACGCUUAUCAAUCACUCUAUCCUAAAUGGACAUGUCAACAUCAAGAAAUUGAUCUGGUUAUUAAGAGCAUUCAAGCGAAUGCUGCCUUUGAAAAUAAGGAUGAGGCGCAAGACACACAGAUGCCGAAAUGGGAACGGAGUGGGCCAAGAAAGGUUACGUUAAAAUCUUUAAUGGCAUCUCAAAAUGUUAAGUCUCCAUUUUUUGAAGAG